AUGUGUUCACAGCAAGUCACACUUGCCUUGUCCGCGAGGGAGUCAAACGGGAGUUCUGUCUGUUUUGGGGGGAAGCAAUGAUUUUAACAUAUUUAUUUUAAUCUUGAAAACUGCUUCCUAUUAUAUACACAUCUUUUCAGAAAUAGAGAAAGGGGGUAUCAAAUGCUUAAACUGGACUUACAUAUACAUUCAAGUGAUUUCUAGCGACACUAUUUAUAUCUCACCAUUUAAAACCGCCUGCAACAAUUAUUUCAUGGCUUCUCCCGAGCAACUGGCUAUAGAGCUAUCUGUAUCUGCUUUGCUAGCGAGCUAGCUACAGGACUUAGCUAGCUAGCUAUCUAGUUGUUAGGUUCCGAUAAGUAAACAGAGAUUAUUUCUCGUUGAGAGAUAACUAGCUAGCUAGCUAGCUAAACCACAACAGGGAUCACGCACAGCUAUUCUCAAGCUAGCUAGCUAGCUUUCUAACGUUGUAUUAUUCUAAAGCCGGACGUUAAAACGUUAGCAAGUAGACAACUAGCUACACACUUUAGCUAGCUGGCCACUGUUUUUGGGUGAAGAAGACUAGCUAGGUCUCUGUGUCCUUUGUUUUAAAAAAGGACUAGCUGAAUUAUUUCCGUCAUCUGUGCAAUCCGCCGUUUUCAUGGCUCCUCAAAAGCACGGCGCGGGGAGUGGUGGUUCUGCUUCGGGUCCUGGUUUGGGUUGUACUAGUGGUAAAGCCAAUGGUGGUGUGUACCAGUCCUCCGCUGUUGUGAUGGCCCCGGUGAAGAAGCCGAAGAUGGAACUCAUACAAGCCGAUCAUGAGCUUUUCCUCCAGGCCUUCGAAAAACCAACACAAAUCUACAGAUUCCUUCGCACCAGGAACCUGAUUGCGCCCAUUUUCUUGCACAGGACGCUCACGUACAUGUCCCACCGGAACUCACGAACAAAUGCCAAAAGGAAGUCCUUUAAAGUGGACGACUUGCUGUUCAAAGUGGAGAAGAUGAGAGGAGAGCAGGAGUCACACAGCCUGGCUUCACACCUUCAGCUCACAUUCACUGGAUUCUUCCAUAAAAUAGAAAAGCCAUCGCAGAACUCAGAGAACGAACAAAACUCUGUGUCUUUAGAGGUGCUACUCGUCAAAGUCUGCCACAAAAAACGCAAGGAUGUCAGCUGCCCGGUCAAGCAAGUGCCCACCGGUAAGAAGCAGGUGCCUUUGAACCCUGACGGCGGCCAGCCCAAGCCGGGAGCCUUCCCCUCGCUGGUGGUGUCCAGCAACGAGUUCGAGCCCAGCAACAGCCACAUGGUCAAGUCCUACUCGCUGCUGUUCCGCGUGUCCCGGCCGGGGAGGCGGGACCUCAACGGCCUGGCCAACGGCGAAACCAACGAGAACAUCGAUGUCAUGGAGGAGCUUCCAAACAGGAGGAGGAGGAACAUGUCUCAUCGAGAGGACGGGGAGACCACCUUCGUCGCCCAGAUGACUGUCUUCGAUAAAAACAGGCGUCUGCAGUUGCUGGAUGGGGAGUAUGAAGUGUCCAUGCAGGAGAUGGAGGACUGCCCGGUCAGCAAGAAGAGAGCCACCUGGGAGACCAUCCUGGAUGGGAAGUGGCUGCCCCCUUUCGAGACGUUCUCUCAGGGACCCACGCUGCAGUUCACCCUGCGCUGGACGGGCGACUCCGCCGACAAGUCCACCGCCCCCGUGGCCAAGCCCCUGGCCACCCGCAACUCGGACUCCAGCGCCGUGGAGAGCCGGCCCAGCGCCGUCAAGCCUGCGCAGGCCCUAGCUGUUAAGGACUCCAUUAGCACAGAUAUCCAGACGAGGAGAGAGCAGAUUUCCGUUGAGCCGCGGCAGAAGCUGCGCAUAUUUUAUCAGUUCUUGUACAAUAACAACACCCGGCAGCAGACGGAGGCGCGGGACGACCUGCACUGCCCCUGGUGCACUCUCAACUGCCGCAAGCUCUACAGCCUGCUCAAGCACCUCAAGCUGUCCCACAGCCGCUUCAUCUUCAACUACGUGCCUCACCCGAAGGGAGCCCGGAUAGACGUGUCCAUUAACGAGUGCUACGACGGCUCGUACGUGGGGAACCCUCAGGACAUCCACAGCCAGCCCGGCUUCGCCUUCAGCCGCAACGGCCCCGUCAAGAGGACCGCCGUCACCCACGUCCUGGUGUGCAGGCCCAAGCGCACGAAGCCCAGCCUGUCGGAGUUCCUGGAGUCGGAGGACGGGGAGCGGGAGCAGCAGCGCACCUACAUCAGCGGCCACAACCGCCUGUACUUCCACAGCGACAGCUGCAUGCCCCUGCGGCCGCAGGAGAUGGAGGUGGACAGCGAGGACGAGCGGGACCCCGAGUGGCUGAGGGAGAAGACCAUCAAGCAAAUAGAAGAGUUCACAGACGUGAACGAGGGCGAGAAGGAGGUCAUGAAGCUGUGGAACCUGCACGUGAUGAAGUACGGGUUCAUAGCGGACAAUCAGAUGAACCUGGCCUGCAUGCUGUUCGUGGAGAAGUGCGGGCCCUACAUUGUGGAGAAGAACCUGUGCAGGAACUUCCUGCUGCACCUGGUCAGCAUGCACGACUUCAACCUGGUCAGCAUCGUCACCAUCGACAAGAUCAUGGCCCGCAUGCGCGACAUGCAGGCGCGCAGCGGCAAGGAGGGGGAGGGGGGGGCGGAGGAGCCGCCCGAGCCUGAGCCCCAGCUGAACGGAGGCCACGCCCCCUGCGCCGACGCGCCCUGUCGCCAUGACAACCGCGAGGAAGACGAGGAGGAAGAGGACGAGGAAGAGGAGGAGGAGGAGGACGACGACGAGGCCUCCCUGCCGGGCGUUCCCAAGCACAGCAAGCGCCAGAAACUCUGAAGCUCCGCUCCCCCCCUCCUUUAACCUCCCCCCCCCCACCACCACCCUCUCCUCCGCCCUGUGACUUGGCUGGGCUUCUGGGGGCCUGCAGUUGGCUGGAAGGGGCAAACUGCAUUUCGCAAACAGGUUUUUUUGGGCAUCGGCCACAUAAAGUCCAGUCGGCUCCGGCCGUAGCGUUGGAUUUGCGUCGCGGCGAACCGUGUUUCCUGUCGUACUGAACAAAGGAAGGGGUUAACCCUUCUGCCACAGCCACAACGCUUUCCUUUCCUUCCCCGGGUCGGGGUAGAUAACUAAACGCAGCUAGAGAUAGAUGUUAAUGCAUAAUGUGUUUGGGAAGGGAAAGGAUCAAAAGAUUUUUUUUUUUUGUGUCGUCAUCUUCCCCCUUUCUUCCGAGCCCCGGAGAUCAUGACGUGUUUCAGCACUUCUCUCGUUUUAGGUGCUGGUUUGGAAAGAUGCAACUUUUUGUUUUUUUAAUAUAUAUAUUUUGAAUAGAGAGAAACUCAAAGAUUUUUGAUGGCUUUUGUUUUUGCUCAUCAAAUGUGGGGUCGUGUUUGAUGCAUUCUUGAAAACUUGAACUUUUUUUUUGUACACUUUGUUUAGUUUGUUGAAGUUUUGAGACGGCCCCUUCGUGGCCUCUGUCCGCCUGACUCUGAAAUGCCAGCGCAGCCGUGUCCUGUCCCACCCUGUUCUGCUCUGGACCCAGAGCCAAGGACCCCCAAAGUGGUCCCCAAAGAGAAGGAGAGUCCAUGCCCACCGGCUACCCCACCCGCCCCCUCAGCUUUGCCUGCCCUCCUCUGCCUAUGCAAGGCCACAAUCUGCCCCCCCCCCCAUUCACAGGGUAUUUUGGCGUGGCAGAAAACAGGACCCCCCCCCGCCACGCUCUGAUUCCCUGGCCGGAAGCUGUUUACAGGUCUCCCCGCCCGUUUCCGCGGAAACACGGAAGGUUCUUUCGUCGUCGCCGCUGCCGCCUGCUCCGUUUGCUGGACCUUUCUUUUCACGUCGCCAGCGGCGGGUGGAGUUUGGGAGCUGUGGGAUUGGGGAAGGCCAGCGAGCCGGGGCCUUCCCCACAGCCCCUGUGACCCCGCCCCGCCCCUCCCUCCACCGCCAUCGCUCCGCACUUCCUGGGCUCAUGCGCAUUUGCGCUGCAAAGGGUUAACGUUUUUGCCCAGACCCCCCCCCCCUUCUUUCUCUCUGGUUUUAAGAUGCUGGAGUGAUCCCCCCCCCCCCCGUUAAAUGUUUUUUUUUGAAGUCUUUUAGAACCUAUAAACUCUUGUUAGAACAAUGUGUAUAUACAGUAUAUAUAUAAGUCGAAGAAGAAUAAAAUGUUUGCUCACCAUGAAUAUAUUGGAUUAUAAAAUGUUGGGAUUUAUAAGGGCAGGAUCUUUUUUAUAAACUGAAGAGGCUUUGAAUGGACAGCAGACCAAAGGGGGGGAGGAACAUACGUUUCAGCAACCUUUCUUUCUUUCUUUCUUUUCUAAAUCCUGAUACCACGCCAGCAGUAACACAUCAGUGAUGACCGUCAGGUUGCAUUUUGAAGGACUGGUAACAAAAGCUUUUCUCAAUUUUUUUUUUUUUUUUUGCUUUAAUUUGCUUAAAGCAGCCCACGGGUGUGUGAGAAGGAGGUGGGACUUGGGAUGACGGACAGGUGCGGGAGCCACUCGUGUGGCCUCACUGCUGGCUGCUUUCGCCGCUUCCGGAAGAAAAGACUGGCGGUAUUUGCACAAGAUAAUUUUCUGUUUGUUUCUGAGCGGCCCGGAAAAAGAGGGGAAAUGGAGGAGAGGAGGGUGGAAAAAAGAAAAAAAAAAAGUCUAAACUUCAUGAACCAACAUUAUGUGAAAACCAGCUUAUUAAAAGUUGUGAAUUUUGUAAUAAAGGAGGCAUAGAAAAUGUUUGUUUUCUAUUUAAAAUAAAGAAUUUUUUUACCAUUGUCA